CUCGUGUCGCGACUUUUGAACCACUAUAACACGUAUAUGGUGUCUGUUGUGCUCGACGGCGCCGAGGCGACGUCCGCCUACGUCCCACCUCACCGGCGGAAUCGUCGCGCGGCGGCGGCGUCAAAGAGUCGUCCUGCGCUUCGCGUGGCAGCUGGCAAUCCGCCCGGGUGGCUCUCCGCCUGCGCGUGUGGCAGGGCGGGUGCUCAAAUGUCGAUAUACCCUUCCGCGGAUGGGCACACCGUGGUUCCAGAGAGCGGCCGGAGCCUGCUCGGCACGACAGCGCAGUUCUGCUCGUCCUUCUACCACAUCGAGCCGACGCCCGAGGGAGACAUUCCGGAGCGCUGUCUGAGCGUCGCCGCGGGUGGGCCGCCUUGCCCUCGCAAGACUGUCAUCUGCGUGGCCCGGCUGCAGACGCAGCCGAGACGGUCUGGCCAGGACCAAGCCGUCGCUGCACCUUCUGCCACCGACACCAGUGCUGUGCACGGCCUGGCGGCCAGCACUGCCACCCUGUCCUUGUCGGGCGCCGCCCGCCAAACGGCCGCUUGCACCGCCGCCGCCGCCUCCUCCGCGGAUGCUUCUGCUCCCGCAGCUGCCGACGCGCGCUGGAGCGACCUGUACAUCGCUCGCUACUCCAACUGCUGGAGGGGCUCCUCCGAGUCCAACGUACACGCCGAGCAGUUUCUCCUCCAAGACGAGGACCUGCGGAGCGCCAUUGCCGCGCUGGCCUCGGCGGCGACGCCGGGGACGAUCGGCGGCGAUGGCGGCGACAGCGGCGGCGAUGGCGGCGGCGGCGGGCGGCGGCACCGGCACCGGCUGCUGCUGUACCUGACCUACCAGCCGUGCCACCACUCUGGCGGCCACUCGAGGCGCCUGCUCGGAGAGCACUCGACCUCGUGCACGUCGCUGCUGUGCGCGUUCGUGCGGGAGGUGCUCGCGCUGCUUCGGAGGGAGGGGGUGGCGCUGCAGAGCCUCUCGCCCGCAGACUGGGCGUGGCUUGUCUCGCACUGCGACGCGCCGACGCGGGACGCUUGGGCGCGCGGCGCGCCGCCCUUUGGCGCGGCGGUGGCGGGGGAGAGGAGCCGAUUGGACGCCUUUGUUAGCACCGCACUUGUGAGAUACGGCGGCGACGAGGAUGAGACUGGUGCCAUGCCUCUCUCGUGCGAACCCUGCGCCGGAGGCCCUCUGAGUACAACACGUGAUUGA